AUGCAGCGGCUUGGCCUUGAGUGGGGAAGGUUUGGGAGGGGGUUUCGAUUCAACUUCAGUUUCGACUUUUCAGCCCCAGCCCUGUCAGCUGUCAGGGAGCCACCUGUGACAGUUGCUGCCUGCAAAAGAAUCUUCCACUUCCACAAGGCCUGGCCUCAUUUCCAUCCGGCUGUGUUUGAAUUUCGCCCCUUUCUGCCAGGGCGACAGGUCCAGACGCACUUCUGGUUGAAAGACGGUUUUAAUCGCAAGCAGAAGAGCAAGGUGCUGACCAACGCCACCGUCAUCCAGGCGCGGAAAGCUUCAGAGCCUGUCCGAGUUGUCACAAAGCAGAGUCAGAUUUCGUCCAAGACUCCUUGGGGGCGCUUGGAGGCCAUCGGCAACGUCGUGGAGCUGAAGCUGGCCAGUUCAGAAGCAGAAGAUCUGAAAGUGGGGUCAGCAGUCAUGGCCUACUUCAGACGUGGAGCUGGACGCAGCAAGAGCCCACGCCCAGCGGUGGUCAAAGCAGCGACAGAUAAGACGGUGAAUGUUUCCUUUGGAGCGGCUACGGAAGACACAGUGCCCAGAGCUUGGGUGCUCUCUUCUUGGGCUACCAGCCGCCAGAUCGUACCUUCGUCUUGGGUGUCCAAGGCCAGCAAGAAAGGUCUUUCCAGCUACCACGACAUGGUCCCUUGCAUGGAGCAAGCUGCGUGCACAUGGCGGAGGCCUACACCUUCAAAUGACUGUGUGCUCUCAGAUUGGCAGGCCUGGGGUACCUGCUCAGUCACGUGCGGCAUAGGUCAGCAGCGACGCAAGCGGCAGGCACUGCUGCGCAGCAGUUGCCAAGGGCGCCAACUGAAGCUGCACGAAGACCGCUACUGUGUGCAGCCCCAGUGCCCGGACAGCGGCAUGUGCCAGAUUCCGGGCAGCGCGCUCCUCAAGCUGCGAAACGUCUCCAAGACGGGCAAGGCAAGCAAACCCAAGCUCUUGGCCCUAUCUUCAGCUUUGCAGCCUUCUGCGCCUUCGGCGCCUUCUGCGCCCUCGCGGCCUUUGCUGAGUUCUGCUCCGCCGCCCUCGGCGUAUGGGGCUCUGUUGGACCUCUUGGCCAAGGGCAGCCGCGGGUCGCUGGAGGAGGAGUUGAAGGCGCUGGGGAAGAAGAGCCCGAACGUUCCCUUGGAGGAGGAGGCGGAGUUCAAUGAAGAGACGAUCAUCGAAUGGGCGGAGAAAGGCUCCGGAACUGGUCCUCAGUGUCCGGAAGGCUACUACCUGUGGCGAAUUGACGUGGAUGAGACCGACAACAAAGUGGGGGGUGCAUGCAACCCUUGCGCAGGCUGUGAUGCCUGCACCGGCCCCGAGCCCGGUGACUGCAUGCUGUGCCCCUUGGACGAGUUCUUGUUCAUCGACACGGCCGGGACCUCCAGCUGCGUCAAGGACUGGAGGGAGAAGGAGAGGGAGGGAGAGGGAGAGGGAGGGAGAGGGAAAGAGGCGAUCCCUUCCAAAGAAGCCCGGAGAGGGCAGCAAACAAGGGAGAGGGAAGUGAGGCAUGAGUGCAAAGAGGGGCUUGUGCCAAGAGAGGCCUGCCCGAAGUGCUUCACCACGUCGGAGAUGGGGUACUGCGAGUUCGACCCAUCUCAGCGGAACAACUGCGACCACGAAGCCGCCUUUAACCCCAGCAUCCGACCUGAAGAUCGCGGAGAUCCGUCGACCUGCCGAGACCUGGAGAAGUACAAGCCCAAGGAGAAGCGAAUUCAGGGGGAAGAAGGAGCUUCCCAAGUCGCGUUGCUUGAAGUCCACGUUUCAGGCAACAUGACGAUGCCUGCGACGCGGCCCCGCGGCAAAGGCGGCAAGAGCGGGAAAUCGGGUUUGCCCGGUUUGCCCGCCGGGUCUCUGAAGGCCUUCUGGGAUCUCAUGGAGGACAAAGGCUCGAAGCUGGUCCAGGAGAAGCUCGGGGAAAUUGUCGAGGAUCUGCAGGAUGCGGCGCAGGCGUCCAUGCGGGACAAGUUCGAAGACAUGUUGAACAUCGACACGUUCAUGGCUCCUUUGAAGUCGCAAAGCAGUCGCAAAGCAAAUGUUUCAAACCUGAGCAUUGAAGAGCUAGCAGUUGGGGCCCUCAAAGCCGAGGAUGCCAGUUCGCCUUCCGAUUCCUUGAUCGACGUCUUGCUUUCACAGGUGUCUUCGCGACUGCUUCCGGGAGGUGAUGGCAGCGACUUCGUAGCCGACGUAGAGGUGCAAUUCUCCGCCUUCUUGCAGGAGAAGUUAAGCACGCUUCCGGAUCCCGUGAAAUCCCGCGGCACCAUGAUCCUUCGCACCAUUACGGCCACUACGUCGAUUGAGGUCCAGAAGCUCUGGAAAUCAACCGGCCAGCAGCUGCGGGAGAAGGUCGAGGCGCAGGUCAAGCAGCUCGGCGACCAAAGUGAAAAAAAGCAAGCUGCCGGCCGCUUGUCGUUGACCGACAUGAGCUCUCUGCAGCCAGUCCUGGCCGACGCCGUCGGCGCCGUCAACCAGACCCUGAAGGAGCUAAAAGCGGUGGGAGGAUCGGUUUUCCAGGAGAUGGACCCUGGGACACAGUUCGGCAACCUACUGCCGGCCAUCAGCGAGCAGGUCAAGGAGGAUCUUGACAGCCAGCUGGAGGAGGCGGGCGUUUCCACGACGGACAAAACGGAGAUUCUGUCCAAGACCGAAGACUUGCUUCUAAAGGAGCUCAAAACCAACUCGGCCAAUCUCAUGGGAUCCUUCAUGCCGCCGUACCAGCUCGGCAACAUCGGGGCCAUUGUGAAGGACGUGAUUCGAGGAGUGUCCGAAGCGUGGAUGGAGGAAAUCACCAAGUCCAGUACCGGUGCUGUGAACACGCUCAUCGAGGAGGCCUUUGGCGUCAUUCAAGGCCCUUUGGAAGCAUUGGCCGGUCGCGGCGCAGUGAUGGUUGGGCUCGACGACAAGGCCGCAGAGUCCUUGACAAGGGCUUUUGUGCUUCAGGUGAAGGGCAGAGUCAGCAACAUCGGCCGAGCUUUGGUCCUGGAGAUCAUGGGCUUCGUUUCCGCUCAGCUGACGGAGCAAACGGAAAGCAUCGUCGAUGCUUUGGUGGUCGAACCCAUGGACGUGCUUCGCCAGGGCUUCGCAACGGGAUCUGCCACAACCGUGAUUAUCGCCAAGGAGGAGUUUGCCAAGGCCAAAGGCGAGAGCUCAAAGAAGGGGACUUCGGGCCCUUCGGGCCCUUCGGGCUUGGGAGAGCUCAAGGAUGCCGCCCUCAAGGCCGUGGCCCCCACCAUGGAGAAGAGCAAGGUCUGGGUCAAGAAUGUCAGCGGCGCAGUGAAAGUCGAGCUGAAGAAGUUUCCGACUGUCCUGAAAACCCAAAUGAAGAACCUUACCACGGAGACAAAGGGCUUCUUGCGAGGAAAGCUCUACGAGAGCUUCAAGACACAAAUGGUUCAACUGGCCUGUGACGCGCAAUCCUUCUUGGUGGAGCGCCUUGCAGAAUGGACCGCCAGGCAAAUCUCCAGCCUCCUCACAUCCGUCAAUGAUGGGUCGAAUGGCCUCGGAACAAUCGUGUCAGGCGUGCUGAGCUCCACGGAGGAGGGUGCCAACGAGGUCUUUAGACAGAUCACGCCCCCAGAAGUGAAGCUGAUCGGGCCGGCAAAGGUCGUGUUGGAAGAGUCUGAGUUGGCGGUGAAGGACGCCAUCAAAGCUCUCCGUAGCCACGUGCAACAAGGAGAGGCUUGGACCAAGACGAUGGCCAAGAAUGCCGGGGACGUGAUCCAGCGCACGCUGCUGGAGGCACUGCCCGAGUCCGACGCCGGUAAGUGCACGCUGCCCUUCGACAAGAAGAAGGCGGAAGGGUUCGGCAAGACUCUGGCGAGCUUCGUGAGAGGCGCAAAGCAGACUUUCACGAGCUUCAGCUUUAAAAAGCUUCAGACCAUUGUGGUGCCGGUGGCAUCUCAAGUGGAGAAGCGCGUCAAAGACGAGGUUCGUCAACGUAGGGAACACGUUCAGAAAAGAGCUUUGGAGGAGCUGCAGAAGGAGAUCCAGACGCAGGAGACUUUUUCUGUUUGCCAGCUGCGCGACGUGACUUUUCGGCUGCUUGAAUGCGUUGCGGAGGACGCCGAGGAGGUUGGGGGGACGCUCCUCAGCACCUUCGUGGGGCCCAUGUGCGUGGAGUCCUCAGGCUUCUUGUCGGCCUCCGUGUUGGGCCUCCAGGGAGGCCUCGGCCUGGCACCUGACGUCGUCUUGGUGGAGGCAGAGAGGCUGCUGGGCUCCACGGCAUCGGCCGUGGCCAAGGUGGCAGAAAACGAGUGUCGUAAGGCCCUCAAGAAGGCUCUCGCCUCCUCCCCCUCGAGCCUGAAGCAGCACCUUUCAAGCAUCCAGAAAUCUUCGCCCUCCGGCCUCCUGCAGAGCGUGCAACCCGUCAUACAAGACCUCUCCGACGCACUCCUUGAAGGGUUGAAGCAGCAGGGUGCCGCUCUUCAGACCAACCUCAAGGAGCAGGUCCAGCAAGCCGCAGAGGCUCAGAUCGCCGACGCCGAGGUGAACUUUGAGGAGAAGCUGAGCAAGCAGACCGCGCUCACGGAGGCCCAGAAGGACGAAGUCAGGUCGGCCUGGAAGAAGCUCGUGGGCGCAGUGACCACGCUUCUCCAGGGUGACUUCUCGAUGGUCGAGGCUAUCAAGGGACAGGCCUCGGACCUGAAGACCUGGGACAAGAAGAAGCUCUCAAGAGCCUUCAAGAAGCACAUCUCCACGCUCUGCGAGGAGAUGAUCCGGCGAUUCUUCCAGGACUCCCUUGUUGAGAUGAAGUCUCAAAUCACCCAGCGCUUCACGGCGCUCGCGGAAGAGCAGCUGGAGAGCUUGGGGAUUCCCGGGGAAGUUGUGGAAGAGUUGACGAAGUUUGCGGAGGCGCUUCAGUCCUGGAUGGGCGAGCAGAGGGCGAACAAAGGGAUCUUCCUUCAAGGGAGCCUCCACUCCACUCAUCCUUUCAUGCAGAAAGUUCUGGAGAGAAUGGAGGGCGAAGGUGUCGCCAAGCUGGCGAGCUCGGCGGAGAGCCUUGUGGGCGAGUUCGGCGUCGGAGAUGAAGUGGUUGGGCUGUUCGAGGCCAAGCCUUUGAAGAUCAGCGCAAGCGACCUUUCCAAGCUGCUCGCGGGAGCCGGCGGCCCGCUGGCUCUCGCGGGGCAGUUCCUCGCGGCCUUGGGGGAGCCGGGCCCCCCCCUCUGUCCAAAGCACGGCACGCAGAUGGAAGCAGACCUGAACACCGUCCAGGAGAAGGUGGCGGGCUUGGAGACGUCGGCCCUGUUCCAGGUUUUCACGGAGGCGAGAAGCAGGGAACGAGAGGUAAGAGAGGAGACUGGAGGGAGAGCGGGGAGAGCAGAGGGAGAGCAGGGAGAGGAGGGACUGCUUCAGGCGGCUGACAAGGGCUGCCAGAUGCACGAAAUCGGCUCCAUCGUGAGCGAGAGUCUCGACACAAUCAGCUUGGCUGCUGAGGCGGUAGGCCGGUUCGUCAAGAUGGCCUCGAAAUUGCCGCUUGUGGGCGUGCUGGCAAGAGCGCUGGAGCCGGUCGUGAAGAAAGUCGUCUCGAUGCUUGACAAGAUCCUCACCAAAGUGCAAGUCUUUCUCGACAAGAAGGUGCUGCCAGUCUUGGACAAGUUCUGCGGCUUCAGCGGAGACCUUCAGGAGAAGCUGGCAUACUUGGACAAGGCCAUUCCGGCACUGAGAUUGGUGGCAUUCCCACCCAAGAACGCCGUGGCGGCCAAGAGCAUCGGGCAGAGCAUGGGCGUCUGCACAUGGAUGCCAACAGCGACAUCAACUCUGGCUCGGGUCUUGACAGCAGUUCUGGACUUGGAGAUCAUCCCGGCAAGCUUUGUGGAGAAGAUCAGGGCGCUGAUCGAACGGUUUCCGGAUGACAUGGUGGACAAGUUCAAGGCGGGGAAGAAGAUGUUCGACACCUUCUUGGGGCCGGUCGUAAAGUUCGACAAGGCGCUGAGCAAAACGCAUAAGGUUUGCGUCCCACUAUUCGGAUGCUAUUCCUUUACAAUGCAGAAGUUGCUUGAAGCACUCGAUGGCUUCUUGCGGGAUAUCUUCGGCUUCGCCCUGACACCCUUUGAGAAGCUGGUUGAUCAAGUCACGGCGCCAAUCAUGGCCCCGAUCAACAAGGGAGUCCACGACAGCCUUCCUGACCUUGCUCCCGAUGUUCUCGACACCGACAUCGACGUCAAAGUAGAGGAUGGCGAAGACGAAGACAGCGACAUGGGACAGCUUCUCCAGAACGGCUUUGAAGGCAAGCUGGAGAACCUCACGACGCACACCGAGAAGGCAGCUGGCUUUUGCUUCGCCUACGGCGCUUCCAUCCAAGUCGAUGAUGCCAUUUGCACGGAUCUCGCAGCUGCGGUCGGAGAAGUGAGUGCGCCGGUGCAGUGCCAGGACGCGUGCAAAGAGUGCGACGGCUGUCGGCGAUGGUCCUUCACAGCUACGGAUGCGCCAGUUCCGACGGGGUACUGCCGCUUUGGCGGCCGCGGCGCCAUCUACGUGAAGGACACGGCGGGCAGCGUGAGCGGUCCCGUGGAGUGUGAGGACAAGAACACCUUCGGCUCCGUUCCCUGGAGGCCGCUCCCCGUGGCGGGUCUCUGCGCCGACAUGGGCAUCUUCCCGAAUGCCGGCACCGACACCAUCUGCAAGCAGGCCUGCCACGCGGACAAGGAGUGCAAGGCCGCCCAGAUGGUCUCCGGGACCUGCUACAUCGGCCUUGGGAAGAAGGACUGCAAGGGCGCGGAGGUGCAACUCUCGGAGCAGAAGAUGCGCUCCCCGAAGGAAGCCCAGCAAACGAAGUGCGAUGCUGCGAAAGGCAUUUCUGCGGCAGAGGGCGAAGCCUUGUCCGCCUGUGCGGGUGACACGGAUUGCCAGGCCCAGGCCUUGCAGGCAGCAGCAGAACGAGAGGGAAUCCAAGGAGAUGGCGUUGCAGGAGAAGUCCUCGCGCUGUCGCAAAGCAGCUACGUGAAGUUUGUCUGCGAAGUGAUGAGCAUGGAUCUCGACUGCCCGGAUAUCAAUGUUGGGGAGAAGGUGCCAAACUUCGAGGACUGCAAGUCAGACCCCAAAUCCAAGACGGCGCUCCUGCAAGCCUCCGCUUUCUCUGCUUUUCCCGGGAUGCGAAAGAUUGAGUUCAAGACCUGGCGGCCGGAGCUCAACCUUUCUUUCGAGAUGCUCGCGUCGAAUGCCCCUGAAGAGAUCGUCAAGGAGGAGUCCUGCACGAAGGCAUUCGGUGAUCAGUGGAUGUGUGAGAUGCAGGCGCUGGCCACAGGCGAGGGAGCUUCAACUGCUGAGCUGGCUCAGCUGUAUCAGAGCCGCCUCCACGAGUACUUCAUGUCAUCCCAGGUGGACAAGAUGCUGGCGAAGCAGGAGAAGAUGCAGGAGGACAUCUUGGAGACCCAGAACAUGGUGAACCAGCAGGCCGCCCAAACACGCCAGCAACUUGCAGACAUGGAGAAGAGGGACGCGAACCGAACCAAAGAGCAAACUCAGCAGCUCGUGGCGAAGAUCGACCAGGCGCAGAAGGAACAGAACGCUCGCCUGGCCUACAUGAUGCAAGCAUCCCAGUGCAAUGCGGAGUUGCAGACUGAGAAGAUGAAGGAGUUCGUCGGCGAGCAGAUGGCCCAGCUUCAAGAUGCCGUGCUGAGCGGCACCGGUGCACAAAUCGACGCUGCCGUGGACAAGCUAACCGAUGCCAUGAAUACGAACCGCUACAUCUUGGAAGACCUCAUCAAAUCCAGCACGGCAUCCACACAUGAUCUGAUUAAUGAGCGCUUUGGGGAGCUGAACACCAGGCUGGACGCAAUGGACGAGUCGCUGGACCAAGUGCAGGACCUGCUCCACGAAACGCUCAGCCGACUUGACAAGACGGACCAACGCAUCGCCGACCUUGCUGCCCAGAGCCAGAGGCAGUUCACCGACCUUCGCUCAGGCCAGCAGAAGCAGAUGAACGCGCUGCUGGCCGUCGUGCAGAAAUUGGACGUGAUCGAGGAGAAGGUGGACGACAUUCCCCGAACGGUCGUGGAGAUGAGGUUCCAAGAUUUCAUCUACGAGGCCAAUCUCUUUGAAGCAGCUGGCUUAAAGUAUGAAGACAAAAGUAGCGAAGAUGCUCUGAUGCAUCGGGAGCUGGCCAUCGUGAAGUCCUUGCAGCAAGCCUACCGAAGCUGUGGCGCGCCACUGCAUGCCGUGACGACUAUAGCGGCGCUGGCAGUUGAGGGCAAGUUCACGCGGAUGCACUUUGACACCAUUGUCAUGACUGCAGCAAUCGUUGAGGACCAGAGCGCCAUGUAUGGCGGCUCGCGCGAAUCCUGCGCCCAGUCCUGUGGCAAGCGCAAGGUGAUGCAGAUCAGCAAGUGCUCCGAUGGCUCCUUUCCACAGCGGAGGGUCAUGGGCAAGUAUCUGUACACUACGGAGGCAGCCCAGAUCUUUCACUCGCUCUUGGAAGAUGCCCUUGACGGAGUUCCUUUGCAAUACACGAUCAGCCUCAUGAACUACUACUCACAGUUGAAGGUGUUGCUUUCCAAGUUCGCCUCGUGGGACAUGCUUGCUGAAGAGCGGUUUGUGCAGCAAAUGGAGAAGGCCUUCGAGAAGAUUGCCUUCGACUUUGAGUCCCUUCGUAGGCAUCAUGCCAUGAAGGAAACCGAUCAGCAGGUCGUCUUGGGUAGUUUGGAGCUGGCGACAGAGUUGCUUGAUAUUCUCGGUCCCCACUUCAGCCCAGCACCAGCCGAAUGCCAGAAGCCAGUGCUCCUGGAGCUGGGACAAGCGGACCUUUCUCGCUUGGUCUACUGGGGACCGGUCCCGCUGAAGUCACCCUCAGGUGCUUCACCAGCAUCACGCGUCGCUUCCUUGAUCAUGCGAAGGCCCUCCAAGCUCCUUCACACCCAGGCUCUGGCCUGGCUCCACGACUUUGACGCGACAGCUUGUUCGCAAAUCUCCUACCCCAACAUCAAGGACCUGAUGGAGAGCAGCUUCAUUUGCUGGACCGAAAAAGGCGGCAAAGUGAAGGUGCGCUCGCUUUGCGACCCUGCCGGCUUGGGAGAUGUCGUUGACACGAGUGCCUUGCGCUGGGUUGAGAAGGCGAAGAAGGAGUGGUUCAGGGACACGAAGAACAGCAAGCUGGUCACCCCCAUCGACGCCAUGCUGGUGCGGACCACUCCCUUGGAUGCAGACCUCUUCAGGUUCUGGGGGGCCGCAGUGGAGCAGCUUGCUGCAGGGCAUUGCGGGAACGGAAAGCUGGACAUGAUCGAGGAGUGUGAUUCUCCAGGCGAGGGCUGCAAGGACUGCCAGGUGGUCCCGGGCUACGACUGUCCUGUACCGGGCCGGCCGUGCGUGGCCAGGUGCGGCGACCACAAGCCGGUCAAGCACGAGGAACACGACGGAUGCUCGCCAACCUGCCAGCUCGAGUAUUGCGGCCGCACACGCAUUAGCAAACCUGUGCGGGGAAGGACGCCCGACCUCAGCAUGGAGGACCUCUCGCUGUGCGGGACCCAGCUCCCGGACAGCAGCGCCAAGCUGGACUGCGGGGCCUACCAGGAGCUCACCUUUACCGGCUUCACGAAGAAAGGCCGCUGGGUCCGCCACGACGUGCGGCUCAAGAAGUCCGAGCUUGGAGAUGCGACGAAACCGAUGCCCACGACAGAACCAAUCCAUGGCAGCCCAUACAAGCUGUGGAGCGAUGGGCAAACAUUCUCUGUCACGUGUGCCGGAGCUGAUACGGCGACGGACUGCCUCUUCGUUGGCAUGGCGCUGAACAAAUCAUCAGAAUUUUUCGGAAAUCCUUGGCUUGUGCAGAGUCAUCACGGAGAAAAUAGCAGUCUGGACACCAUUGCGACAGUCUUGCACGUGUACGGCCGCAGCUUGCACCCCCUUGGACAAUCGGAUUUGGAGCAGUGCGACAGUGCCAGCACGAAGCUCGUCAUGCUCGAUUGUGGCGAUGGUCUCGCUACGGACUCAGAGUUCGGUGAACUUCAGACUGAGUACUUAGACUCCGACUCCGAGUGCUUGUUUUGGGGCUUAAUGAGCUUCAGCUUGUCGCGAAGUGACGAAAGGGACGGAGCUGCCACUUUGGGGGUUCUUGUCAGGUUACUGGAGAUGAGGAUCAUCGACGGCUGGAUGUGCGAGCCGAACCUCUGCCAGGAAAUCUGUGGAGAUGGCCGUGUCGUGGGCGACGAGACGCUGGAACGCAGUCGGAAAGAUGCAGCUCUAGGCUAUAGGGUCUGCGACGAUGGCAACUUGCUGGACGACGACUGGUGCGCCGCCGAUUGCAGAAGCGGCCGUUCGACGUGCCAUGAACUGCAAGAGGCCAAAGCAUCCGCGAUGCCGGCAGGCUGGUACCAGCUCAUGACGGGAAACGGUGCGUCGCAGGCUGUCUACUGCAAUCUUGCGGUGGAUGUCGGGAGUUGCCAGGCUCUUCUGAAGCGGGAGGCAGCAACAAAUGUGACGCUUCCCAGUGGCUGGUACUCGCUCUAUACCAGCACCAACACCUCCAUCGUGAGCGACGUCGCCGCAGCCGAGGACCAGGGCGUCGAGGUCGUCACUUCCACGGCUUUCGCUUCCGAGGCUUUCGCCAACGCUGCCUGGAAGCUCUCGGGGGCCGCGGCCCUGGCUUGGUCCUCAACGUCCCCUCCCAAAACGUGGCAUCUGAUGUCCGAGCUCAACGAUGGCGACGCUGCGACGGCUUGGGAGCCACAGAAGGCCCCUGGGCUUCAAAAGUUGGCUUCAAGAGACGUUGGCAUAGCCAGCAUAACCAGCAUAGCUAUGAUGUUUUUUGUUAGCCGGGGCGCAGAGAAAAAUCUGUCCACGGCUCUGAGCCCUGAGGAAAGCGGCGUGGACAUGGCGCUUCCGAGUGUCAGCCUCGUGCACGGCGUGAGCCUCACCGGCAAAUCCUUGAAAAGCGUCACCCUGGAGUUCGCCCACGCCACCACGAGCAAAGGCAAGACCGUCAAGACCUGGACCCGGCUGGCCACGGUUCCUUGGGCCGACUCGGUUGGUUUGGCUCAGCCGGUGACCCAACACUGGAGGCUCAAGGAGCCCGUGCGCACGGCGGAGCUGCGCCUCUCGGCGACAGGUCCGACACCUGCGUUCCAUGAAGUUCAGGUCUGGGCCAAGGUCUCCGAGCCCUGGAACAUCCUCAGCGAUGGCUUCACCACCAUGGCCUACUGUAGCUUCAACUACACCAACAGGACGAAACAUACUCGUAGGGUUGACAAAAGAUCUUUUGAGUGA